AUGGCAGCGGCGACUUUGUCUUCCACGGUGUUUGCAAUCUCAACCUCCUGCUCUUUUUCGUCUCUCAAAGCAAGGAACUUCAAGAACUUAGCUUGCUCCUCGUUUUGUUCUCAGAAUCGUCUUCCUUACAAUCCCAUUUCUGCUCGUUCAUCAAUUUCCAGAGUUCGUGCAACUAUUCUGCAAGAAGAUGAAGAGGAAGUGAUAGUGGAGGAAUCCUUUGAGUUCAAGGCUUCUUCUCCCUCAGAUGAAGUGAAAUCAAGCAGUGGGGGCCCAUCAGAGAGUUCGUCUUCAAGUACUUUUGAGAGCUGGGUUAUUAAAUGUGAACAAACCAUCAACAUUUUCCUUACGGAUACAGUCAUAAAGAUACUUGAUACUCUGUACCGUGACCGAGAUUAUGCCAGGUUUUUUGUACUGGAAACCAUUGCAAGGGUUCCUUACUUUGCCUUUAUGUCUGUUUUGCACAUGUAUGAGAGCUUUGGCUGGUGGAGAAGAGCAGAUUAUCUGAAAGUGCAUUUUGCUGAGAGCUGGAAUGAGAUGCACCACUUGCUUAUCAUGGAAGAAUUGGGGGGAAAUGCUUGGUGGUUUGACCGCUUUCUUGCUCAGCAUAUUGCAAUCUUCUAUUAUUUUAUGACGGCCUUUAUGUAUAUAAUAAGCCCAAGAAUGGCAUAUCACUUCUCUGAAUGUGUAGAGGGCCAUGCAUUUUCAACUUACGACAAGUUUAUCAAAGCCAGAGGAGAGGAUUUGAAAAAGUUGCCUGCUCCUGAGGUUGCUGUAAAAUACUACACUAGCGGUGACUUGUACUUAUUUGAUGAAUUUCAAACUUCCAGAGCUCCCAAUUCUCGAAGGCCAAAAAUAGAUGACGAAGCUGAACACUGUAAGACGAUGAAGGCCUGCCAGACUCACGGGAACCUGUGGUCUCCUCAUUCCCGUGCAGAAGAAGAAGAUGACGCCCCGUGCGUCAUUCCUCAAACAGACUGUGAAGGUAUUGUAGAUUGUAUAACAAAAUCCGUGACAACAAAGCCAGAACAUUGA